AUGACAUCCCUGGUCGCCGUCUACUUGUUGUCCAGCCGUGCUGCUUCAAAUACAACAGAAUGCCCCCUGUCAUGCGCCAAUCAGUUCAGGAGCCUACCCGGAAUUGUCCUGAGCUGUAUCACCACCAUAUUUUUGUGCAUCUGGGUAGCCCUCCACCUCAAUGUCCCCGAACCUGUGGACACCAGAGGCUUGAAUAGACUCUGUCAAUUCAGGACCUGGAUCAAGUGGUUUUUUGGAUGCAAUAUAGUUCCGGUUGUUGUUACACUGCUGUUCCCUGAAUGGGUUCUGGGUAUAGCGGUUCUUCAAUUCACCAAGGCCACUCAACUGGCCAAGCAGAUUGGCUGCACUCGUCAACAAGGGUUCUUCAUUAUCAUGGGUGGCUUUCAUCUCUUCAAACGGAGCCAAGGAUAUCAGAUUGGUUCUGGAGGAGGGGGAGGAGGGGAAGCUUGUUCACCAGUCAGAGAAUCAGCAGUAGAGGGAGGAGACGGCAGAUCUGGCCAUACGGCAAGCAACCAGACGAUCAAUGUAGAAGAGGCGUUUGGAGAGCCCGUCCAUCCUCUUGAUGAAUUUGAUGUCUGGCGCCUCAUCAAGGCCGGCAAACUGCUUCUUCCUACCUUUGCAGAGCUCCAGGACAAGUGCAAGAGUGACGGACUUGCAAAGUUCCUCGUCAUAGCACAAACACUCUGGUUCAUAACCCAGUGUAUUGCACGAAAAAUUAACAACCUUCAACUUACGGAGCUUGAAGUCGUCACCCUCGGAUAUACUCUGCUCACCCUGUCCAUGUAUGUUGCAUGGUGGGACAAGCCAUACCGCGUCACGUUCCCUGUGCGCGUGUAUGAGCCACUUCCCAGGCGUACAAAAGAGCAAGAGAGACUUAAGAGGAAGACAAAGGGACUCAACUUUCUGGAGAUGGUCGUUGGGUAUGCCAUCGGCACUCAGGGAGGGCAUGUUGACCUACGGAGUGUAAAGCAUGUUCCCAUGUUUCACUCGGGAUAUAGUGGAAUGGAUGAUGUCAGCAAUCUCGUUGCCCCAGUAACUACAAUCAUUGUAGGGAUGCUCUUUGGAGCUGUCCAUUUCCUUGCGUGGUCAUCGCCCUUUCCGACUAUCCAUGUGCAGUACCUCUGGAGAUUCGCAACGAUGAUCAUAGCUGUGAUGCCAUUUGCAGCAGUCUUAGGCUUGUUCUUCGCCGCUUUGAUUGUGGACCAGUGCUUCGGCGCAGCUCGUCUACUUGUGCUACCCCUCCUGCUAUUUCCGCUCAUCUACUUUAUUGGGCGAGGUAUAACCAUUGUGAUUGCGUUGAAGACGCUUGCCGGGCUCCCAAUUGACGCCUAUCGAGACAUGGAGUGGUCGAGCUUCUUCCCCCACAUCUGA